AGAACCCGGAAGCGAGCGUGUGACAGUCGGCUGGGUAGGGGGAUAUGCGCAGAGUUUGCGGCACUGAAGUGGUUUAGUCAGCCGGCUGCGCUCAGCUUCUUAGGGAGAGUGAAAAUAUUCCAUCAAAAUGACACACUGGUUUCAUCGCAACCCUUUAAAGGCCACAGCUCCAGUCUCUUUUAACUUCUAUGGGGUCGCCUCCACCCAAGCAGCAUCCAAAAUAUGCAGUGAUUUAAGGAGCACAAGAGCACGCCUGCUGGAAUUAUUCUCGGAUAUUACGUGCAACCAUGAGAUGAUGAAAAAUGCGACAGAUGCCUACUUCUCCCUGCUCCUGGGCUUUAUUGAUUCCUUGGAUGGUGGGACGCAGGACAACAAGCUCCGCUACAUCCAGAAUUUUAAGUGGACUGACACAUUGCAGGGGAACGCUCCCAGCGCUCAGCAGGAUGCAGUGUUUGAACUGGUGUCAAUGGGAUUCAAUGUAGCCCUCUGGUAUACGAAAUACGCAUCGAGAUUGGCUGGAAAGGAAGACAUUACUGAAGAAGAAGCAAAAGAAGUUCACAGAAGCCUGAAAAUUGCUGCUGGAGUAUUCAAGCACUUAAAGGAAAACCACAUCCCAAAGCUCAUCACUCCUGUGGAAAAAGGAAGAGAUUUGGAGACCAGGGUAAUAGAUGCCUAUACAGUUCAGUGCCAGGCAGAGGCCCAAGAAGUGACCAUUGCAAGAGCUAUUGAGCUGAAGCACAAUCCUGGCCUGAUAGCUGCCCUGGCUUAUGAAACGGCUAAUUACUAUCAGAAAGUGGAUCACACACUCGCCACUCUGGAUCCAGUUUACAUUGCCAAAUGGAGGAGUUAUACACAGCUGAAAAUGUGCUUCUAUAUGGCCUAUUCGUAUUGCUAUCAUGGUCAGACUUUAUUGUCCGCUGAUAAAUGUGGGGAAGCUAUCCGGUCACUACAGGAGGCAGAGAAAUUCUAUGGAAAAGCGGAAGCUUUGUGCAAAGAAUAUGGUGAGACAAAGGGACCUGGCACCACAGCCAAACCGUCGGGGCAUCUGUUCUUCCGAAAGAUGGGAACCUUAGUAAGGAACACGCUGGAGAAGUGCCAGAGAGAGAAUGGCUUUAUCUAUUUCCAGAAGGUUCCCCCAGAGGCCCCACAGCUGGAACUGAAGGCUAACUAUGGCCUGGUGGAACCCGUGCCUUUUGAAUUCCCUGCAAUGACUUCCCAGUGGAGCCCAGAGACCCACACAGGGUUUGAUCUCACUAAGCGGCCAAAGGACGACAGCGCUAAACCCAAGAAAGAAGAGGAAGUGAAGCCAAUGAAGGAGCCGGAUAUAAAGCCGCAGAAAGACAGUGGCUGUCAGAUCUCCUGAAUGAAACUCAUUCCUUCUCCUACGGUUGCCCACAGUACUGCCCUACACUGCUUCAGUCCCUCGUCGGCAAGACACAAACUACUGCAGAAUGUUACUGCUACUCCUGUAAUCGGGCGGCCGGUUUGAUUCAGGUUCAAUUUACACAAAAGGAUUAAGUGAAACAUGAUACAGUACCGUAUGCAGAUACGUGGCUUCCCGGAUUUAACCCCUACCUUGCUGAUUUCCCGGAUUUAACCCCUGCCUAUCUAUGAAAUUCAGCUGGUGUUUCAAUGUUGCUGCUCCCCAAACUGUAUCCAACAAAUCUGUAUAGAUAUAUUAUAUAAUAGUUUAUAUUAGGAAACCCUUGAGGUGUGUUUUGCCCUAACCCAUAACAUAUUAAAACAGAAUAUUGUGAUCAGGCCCUGUACCAAGCACUUUCUAUAACAUGGUCCCUCUGUGUAUUUUGCUUCCUUUGAAUGACACAUAAAUAGAAUGAUUGUAAAGAAGACAUAUUGUAUCAGGUAAUUGAUAUGAAGUGUUCCUCAUACAGAGGCGCUUGCUGGUUCUGAUAUACCAUGUGACACAUAGAAAUGUCAUUUAUUUAAGGUGUUCCUCACAUUGAGGGGUUCUAUGUUCAGUGGUUCUAUUACAUCACAAGCAAUAUGGACGGGUGUUGGACAGCCAUAUGGAAGCUCAAGGUUUGGCUGCUCAAUGCCGUAUAUUUACAACAAUCAUAGUCUCUCUGCAACUAACCCCCCCACCACCAAUCAUUAUCCUAUUGCUCCGUUCAGAUCAGUAGUGUAGUGUGUCCGCAGACAGCUAUAGGGUUCUAGCACUUUUCUGCAGAAUGCGCUUAAUAUAUCCGGCACUGUGUGUUGUGUUAGAUUGUGUAUGCACACCCCUACGCACCGCCAAUGGUAUAUCCCGGUGUGAGCUACUGUAGUGUUACGGCUCAUGUAGUUAUUUGUGAGAAAUGACUUAUUCUACUAAGUGGCACUGAUACAUUAACCAUGAUAUUGUCCUGCUGUACCUAGAACAUGGGAUGGUAAAGGCAAAAGAGAACACUAUUUCCCUUUGUAUUUUUUUAAUGGAAGGUGAAUAUGGAAGUAUCUUCUUUUUUACCCCCUGGUUUCUGUGUAGGCGCAGGGGACCAAAAUUAUAUAUGGGGGGCUUUUUUGGGGGGGGAUUGUGUUGCAGAUACUUUCACAGAACAACAAGGACUGGCAUUGUGGGACCCAGAGAGCUGUACUUCAGUAUGUGCUGGGUGCUUUAGACUUGGAACCCCUGUGAUAAAUCCAAGAGUCUAUAAAGCAGACGGAGGCAAUUACGUGGGGCUCUGGGCAGAGAAUAUACAGCCCUCUAGGUCUUAUAAAGAGUCCUUGCAGUAGCCUUGUUCCACCAAUAGAAGGGUUAGACCCUUUGGGACUGGUAAUGUCAGAAGGCCCAUUGGUUUUCCUGGGCAGUCCAACUGAGACAAUGGAAUGGCAGGUGUAACACUAUGGCACAGAGUGUGAGGGGAAAGGUGCCGGCAGCCCAGACUCCUGUCCUUAUGAGUAAAGAAAUAAGAAAUGUACAUUGGGAUCUAUUGGCAAGAGAUGUUACCGUUCUCUAGACUGUAAGCUCUCCGAGCAGGGACUGGCACACUCCUGGGUAAGACUGGCAGGACAAUAGCACAGGAACGACAAUAUGGAAUUGUUACAAGAUUAUGACAAACGUGAUGUCUAUUUUUUAAAUAUGUUUCUAUUAAACCCUAUCUUUAAUACAGUG